AUGGGUCGACAGAUUAGGCCCGCCCGGGUCUACCAGACGAUGAGCCAGGAGCUCAGCACAAAGAUCCUGCCUGGCUUUACCGUCCAGGAGCCGCCAUGGUUCCAGGUCAUGAGAGAUAUCCCGCCCUCUGAGAUCCUCACGAGACCAGUCAUGGUUCAGAAGAAGUCCGCAAACCUGAAGCUCCGCAAGCCAAGCAACAUCUACAAGCCCCCGAUAAUAAAGCACCAGGAGGACAGUCUGCGAGUGACCUUCUACAAAGAUCAUCCGUGGGAGCUGGCACGUCCGAGAAUAGUCCUCGAGUCCGACGGAAAGGACGCGCAAAAAUGCGAUUGGUCCAAGGGACUGCGUCAGCCCGGCUUGCCCUUGACCGGUGAAUGUGUCGUCCAGCGCCAGCUCUGGCUGAUGCAUAACCAGAAGCUUAAGCGAAACCAAGCUUACGAUGUCGCGAGAAAGGAGUUCUAUGCGCUGCGCCAGGAGGAGGAGAUCGAGAAACGCGUUGCCCGGGAGGAGGCCAGACACGUCGGUGCGUACUUUGGCAAGAACAGGCUGGCGAUCAGCCAGGACCUCGAGAACAAGGAGUUCGAGCGCUGGAAGGGCUGGGCGAGCAAGCAGUCGCUUGCGAUGGAGGAGACCAAGAGUAAUAGCUACGGCAAUUUUGGUGAGGCAGAAGAGAAGCCCGAGGCGAGCCCGGAACCGACUUUGCUUUGA